AUGGACGAUAUGGACAAAAUAGAACUCUUAACAAAACGAUCAUCAGAACUCUUUGCGAACUUAAAACGCCUCGAGCGCGAGAAUCUUAGGAAUAAAAGACGCGCCGAUCUGUUACAAAAGGAAAAGGAUGCCAGCCGUACGGACCUCAGCAAACAAAUUAGCUUGAAGGAGAAGCUAGAAAAGCUGUGCCGCGAACUUCAAAAAGAAAAUAACAAGCUUAAGAAUGAGCACCGUGCUCUGAAUGAUACCCACGAUCGCCUCAAAGCCUCGUCUGACGAGCGCUUAAAGAAGGUACUUGACACUUUAGAAGGUUAUCAAGAAGAGAAAGACAACCCGCGGAAGCAGGUUGUGUAUAUGAAAGCCGAAGAAUUGUUCAAGGGAAGAUUUAAAUCUCUCAUCGAUCAAUAUGAAUUACGGGAACUACACUAUCAUUCUUCAAUGCGAACCAAGGAGAUCGAGGUCCAAUGGAACAUGGCUCGUUACGAGCAACAGAAGAAGACGGCGGAAGCAGAAGCCAACCGUGCGCGACAGUUGAAUAGCCAAGUGCUUACGUUCUCCAAGACCGAAACUGAAUUAAGAAAUCAGUUGAAUGUUUACGUUGAGAAGUUUAAGCAGGUAUGCGCCCUGUGCCCCUCACUAGCCCGCCGUGCGAAGGCAUUAACAAAUGAGGAGGUCGAGGACACGCUCAAUAAUAGUAACGACCUGUUCUUAACUUUUCGCAAGGAGAUGGAGGAUAUGUCCAAAAAGACGAAGAAGCUAGAGAAGGAGAACGAGGCCUACAAAAGGAAAGAGAGCGCCUUAAAUCAGAACAUCCUUAAGAUGGCUGAGGAACGUAAUAGGCACAUGAAGGACCUCGAAGACAUCAGGAAGAAGAACGAUAAACUGACGAGCAUCAUCAACCAAAUGCAACAGCAAGGCCGCGGUAUACCUCAGGGCAUGCAAGAGGAGGAACUUCCGCACGCACCUGGUGCUUACGGCCCCGAGCGCCCGCCCGCUAUGAAUGGUCAUCGCUAG